AUGAUGGAUGACGCAAAUAUUGCUCGGUGGACGUAGUUCAGCCACCUUUUUUUCUUGAAGAACGCAUAGCUGGUGCACACCUGUUGCAUUCCGUUUCCCAGAUGCUUAUGAAGCUUCCCCAUCCUACGAUCGUUAAGCUAUUAUUUGUAAAUUCUCUCGCACAUGAUUUGAAUCCCAGUCUGGACAAUCAAACCCUUCGUUCGUAUGGUGGGCACGAUGGACCCAAGCCCAAGUUCGUUGAAUGAUUUGCUACAAGAACUCAUGAAAAUAUCCGAGCAAACACUCGAAGAUAACGAUAAUGUAAAAAAACAUGCCUUGCAAUGCCAUCCGAUGCGACAAGCCUUAUUCGAUGUUUUGUGCGAAGUUAAAGAAAAGACAGCGCUUCAAAUUCGUACAGGCAAUGACGAUCAACCAGAAGACCCACAGCUGAUGCGAUUGGACAAUAUGCUGGUAGCAGAAGGUGUUGCUGGACCGGACAAGGGUGCACCGCUGUCAGGUGAUGCAUCCGGUGGUGAUCAGGCAGAUUAUCGCCAGAAACUCGGACAGAUUCGACUUGUUUAUAAUCAGGAAUUGCAGAAGUAUGAAGAGGCUUGUUCUGAAUUUACCCAACACGUCAUGUCAUUAUUGAAAGAUCAAUCUCGGGUUCGGCCGAUUAGUCAGAAGGAAAUUGAAAGAAUGGUGUCUAUCAUUCAAAAGAAAUUCAGCGGCAUUCAAGUACAGCUCAAGCAGUCCACAUGCGAAGCUGUAAUGAUCUUGAGAAGCCGUUUCCUAGAUGCGAGACGUAAACGUCGUAACUUUUCGAAACAAGCGACCGAGGUGUUGAAUGAAUACUUUUAUUCGCAUCUGAGCAACCCAUACCCGUCCGAAGAGGCAAAAGAAGAACUUGCACGGCAGUGUAAUAUUACAGUGUCUCAAGUAUCGAACUGGUUUGGCAACAAACGUAUUCGUUAUAAGAAGAAUAUCGCCAAAGCGCAAGAAGAGGCAAAUAUGUAUGCAGCAAAGAAAGCAGCCGCACAUGGACUUGGAGUUCCAGGGCUUCCUACGGCGAACUAUGGUAUGUUAGCUGGUUCAUCAUCAAUGCUCAAUCCUUACCAAGGCAUGCUACCCGGUCAAGAUCUCAGUCAUAUGGGUAUGCCACCGGGAUUUGAUUUGACCGCCUAUAACCCUCAGCUAAUGGCACAAUAUCAGGCAAAUCUGGAUAGCGACAAGUAAAAUUAGCUCCUCAUUCUGAUCAAAUAUUGAUCUGUCUACUUACUGAUGACUUCUUAUGAAUCUCUUGCCAGCUUUUUUACAAAAUUUAUAGUAAGUACUAAGCACAUGUUGGCCAGUUGUUUUGGCUUCCCAACAUGCUAUAUUCAAUUUGUUCAUUGUCUUUGUAUGUUGAUCUCCAUAAGUCCAUUUAUUUUUUGGUUUAAUAGUAAAAAAGUCUUGACCACUUUGUAACCGGUUUUAGUAGAGUUGGAUUGUUGUAGGGUUUUGAAAUGUUCACUCAAACUUUUUAAGCGAGUGCCUCAAAUGAAAUUCUGCAACAUAGCAAUCCUACUCUGCAUGUACAUAGUUAGCUAAGAUUUUGAACAUGAUUUUGAGCCGAACAUGAUUUUGUUUUAUGCAGGUUUCGUGCGAAAGCGACACAAUUAGCACUGAAGGUGCGUUGUGUAUAACAACCUUAGCAAUAUUUGCAUAACUAUGACUUGGAUUUCACUCUUCUACGCAUUUUUUAUUGAAUAUUUUUAGAUAGUAAUUGAAUAAGCACAUAUAGCACAAAAUGCUUGAUCUUUGUUUUUCAAACUUGAUUGUAUGUUUGUUAACAUUUCAUAGAUGAAAAUGUUGAAUAA